CUCUCUGCCAGUGCGUUCGGUUGUUCUCGGGCUAUCUGCAUUUAAAACCCAUCGUUCUCUCAGCCUGCAACUCAAACCCUCGAGCAGUGAUGCCACUCUCCGUCCCAGACGCGGUCUUUAUUGCGGUGGUGAUCGAGGUGCUGCUAUAUGGGAUGUACACAUGCCUCUUUGCAGGAUCAUCGUACCUCUUAAUAUUCAAACGGAAGAAAUCCAAGGUCAUCGUGUCCAUGAUAAUCUUGAACGUCAUCAUGUGGUCUGUUUCGACUGCUCACGCCGCUGUGAGCUUCGACGAGAAGUUCCGGGGGUUCCUCCGGGAGAACGGGGCUGCGGACCCUCUGGUCUUCGAAAAUAAUGCGGCCCCAAGGGUAUUAGCACAGCUAUCAUUGGAAUGCAUAAACUUCCUGUUUGGAGACGGAAUCAUUUUAUGGAGAGCGUGGGUGCUCUGGAAGUGCGACAGACGGGUGCUUUAUAUGUCCGUGAUCCUGCUUCUAGUCACACUCGGGAUUGGCUGUGGCAUGGGCUAUGCGUUGUCGCACCCCCCGGAGCCAUUUGUGCACAAUGCAUCCCGAAACCCGACCGCUGUUAUCUGGGGAGCCGGUGCUAUGAUUUCAACGCUGAUAACAAAUAUCUGCGCCACGUCCCUCAUUGCUUACCGUACCUGGACCCACCAUCGUUUAAUCCGCUCACUCACAGGCGAAUCGCUCGCAGCCCAGUUUUGCAAGCAGAAUGGCAUCCUGGCGUUCCUGAUCGAGUCAGGGAUGUUGUAUUGUUGCACGUGGUUCGCCGCCAUCUUCACUUUUAUAUUUUCGAGCAGUGGGAUAUACAUCAUGUUGGGCAUGCUUGCUCAGCUUACAGCCAUCUAUCCCACUCUCAUUAUCACACUCGUCUGCGUGAGGGCGACACUUGACGUCACCAUAGAGACGUUUGAGAAAACUCAUCAAUUCGCCGCUGCCGCUGGUCCGAGGCGUUCUCUAUCCAGUCCAAUGCAUACGACGUCGCUGCGGGUUGAAAUGGAGACCAGGACGUAUAUGUCCGGCGAGGAUAUUCGAUAUUUUGCCCUGAAUACUUCCACAUUGAAGGACGAUAAGGACCAUCAGUCUGCUGUAUUACCAGAUAGUGCUGCCGGAAUCAGAACAUCUGGGACGAGCUCAACAGCAUCAUCGGUGAACGUUAGUCCGAGAGAAUCAUACUCUGGAUCCAGCGCGUAGGUAUGAUUUAGACAGAAGUAGAAGAGCCUCCUGUUCAUGAUACUAUGUAUAUAACACGGAUCCAAGGUAAUACCUGUUCAAAGUAAAAUAAAAAAACUUCCGCA